CAAAGCCCGAUAAGGAAGCAGCCCAGCCCGACUCAUGAGCAGCAUCAAAGGCAGGGCCAAUGAAUCAAAGAGCUCUGCCUAUAAAUUUCCCCUUUCAUGCCUGUGAACAUGUAAAAGAGCCUCAUUGAAUCCUCUCCGCUGGCAUCUGGAAGCCACCCUGUGGACUGGCAGAAGGCUGCUCGCCCUGAGCACAAGAUGGGAGCGAGCCCCCGAGGAGCAUGAUCUGCCGGGCAGUCAAGGCCUCCAGAAUCCCUAAUGGAGCUGGCACUUUGGGGAUCCUCCAGUGCCAGGCAGGCCACAGAUAGGUAAAGACGUCUUUGCCAGUCUUAAAAAUUGCAUCAACCUGCAAGGCUCCCGACCUCACCCUCCAAGCACCUCCUUAAGCCACAGAGAGAAACUUGUUUGUCUGCUCUCAGAAUCCCACGUCCCACAACACACGACUGGAAGAGCCGCUGAGCCUCCGAGGAGCUAUUUUCCGGACUCUGUUCCCUCACUCGGACCCAGCAGAUAAGGCGUCUGCUUGUGGUGGGAGCUGAUCCUGGCACAAAGGAAGAAGACAAACAAACAGGACUCCUGCUGGACUCCAGCUCAGAGCAAGUGCGUCGCCCAGGACGGGCGCUGCUCUCCCCGAAGGAGGACGGCGACGCGCUCCCUUUUUCUCCGAGCAGAUCCACGCGUCGGGAAGGCGAGGCAGCCGGCCAGGGCGAGCGGCGAUGGAGCCCGGCGGUACCAGCCCACCGUCUGCCCCCCCGCGCAGCUGGGAGGCCUUUCCCCAGCAGACCUUGGAGGCCGUGGAUAUUGUUGUCCUGGUUCUGUACUUCGUCUUUGUUCUGGCCGUGGGGCUGUGGUCAAUGUGGAAGACGAAACGAAGCACCGUCAAGGGUUACUUCCUAGCUGGGGGCGAAAUGGUCUGGUGGCCGGUGGGGGCUUCCCUGUUUGCCAGUAAUGUCGGCAGUGGGCAUUUCAUUGGCUUGGCUGGUUCUGGUGCAGCAUCUGGAAUUGCUGCCACGGCCUACGAAUGGAAUGGCAUGUUUUGUGUCUUGGUGCUGGCGUGGCUGUUCCUUCCGAUCUACAUCGCAGCCGGGGUUACAACCAUGCCAGAGUAUUUGCAGAGACGGUUUGGUGGCAAAAGGAUACAGAUCUUCCUUGCAAUUCUCUACUUGUUUAUCUAUAUAUUCACCAAAAUUUCAGUUGACAUGUAUGCUGGAGCUCUCUUCAUCCAACAGGCCCUGCACUGGGAUCUCUACAUAGCCGUCAUCAGUUUGCUGAUAAUCACUGCAGUCUACACUGUGGCAGGUGGCCUGGCAGCAGUGAUCUACACGGACACCCUGCAGACGGUCAUCAUGUUGGCUGGCGCACUCACCUUGAUGGGCUUCAGCUUUGCCAAAGUUGGAGGCCUUGAAGACCUGAAGAACAGAUACUUCAAAGCCAUUGCCAGCGGCCACAAUGGAAACACCAGCUGUGGCUUGCCAAGAGAAGAUGCGUUCCACAUAUUCCGGGACCCUGUCACGUCCGACUUUCCCUGGCCAGGAAUCCUAGUUGGAAUGACCAUCCCAUCUCUGUGGUACUGGUGCACAGAUCAGGUCAUUGUUCAAAGAUCUCUCGCAGCAAAGUCUCUUUCGCAUGCCAAAGGUGGCGCACUGUUGGCCUCCUACCUGAAAAUCCUGCCUCUCUUCAUGAUGGUUUUGCCUGGCAUGAUCAGCCGCAUUCUCUUUCCAGAUUUAGUGGCUUGUGCUGAUCCUGAAUCCUGUAAAGAGAUCUGUGGCAAUCCAUCUGGAUGUUCUGAUAUUGCAUACCCCAAACUUGUCAUCGAACUUCUGCCACUAGGACUAAGAGGGCUUAUGAUGUCGGUCAUGAUUGCAGCGCUGAUGUCCUCUUUGACUUCAAUCUUCAACAGCGCAAGCACCAUUUUCACAAUGGACCUUUGGCGACAUCUUCGACCUCUGUCUUCUGAAUGGGAGCUCAUGAUUGUUGGCAGGGUGUUUGUUCUGCUCCUUGUGGUCAUUUCAAUUUUGUGGAUUCCGCUCGUACAAGCGAGCCAGGGGGGGCAGCUCUUCAUCUACAUCCAGACCAUCAGCUCUUAUCUGCAACCCCCGGUGGCCGUGGUUUUUAUCUUGGGGUGCUUCUGGAGGAGAACAAACGAGAAGGGUGCAUUUUGUGGCCUUUUGGUUGGAAUGGUAAUGGGCCUGAUCCGGAUGGUUUUGGAUUUCGUCUACUUGCAGCCGGGGUGUGGGGAGCCAGAUAACCGGCCAGCCGUGGUGAAAUACGUCCAUUAUCUCUACUUCUCCAUGAUCCUGGGGGUGGUCACUCUGAUCGUGGUGAUGGCUGUCAGCCUCUUGACGGAGCCUCCUCCAGAGGAAAUGGUCAGCCGUCUUACCUGGUUCACCCGCAAGGAUGUCCCGAGAAAGAGCGAUGCUCCGCUUGCAUCUAGUUGUCCUCUAUCCAUUCCGGUCAAAGGAAUCCCUGAGGCUGGUCCUUCUCCUCUGGGGCAGCUGGAAAUCACCGAUGGCCCUGAGAACACUUGCAAAAACAGUCCGGGUCCUUUGGACAAAAAGAAGAAGAAAUCUAAAUUAAUGAGCCUGUUUUUGUGGCUCUGUGGGAUGGAGAGCAGAAAGAAGGACACGCCGGAGGCAGCUGAUGAAGUCAAAGCAGGAACAGCGCCCGGGGCUUCAGUUGACGAAGCCCCUUUGGUGAGGCACAUCCUCAAUGUCAACUUGGUCUUGUGCAUCAGCGCGGGGGUCUUCCUCUGGGCCUACUUCGCAUAGCAUCGGACUAUGCCAGCCACCGCAAAGACACUCGUAGUGCUUCUGUGGUUCCACACGGGAAUGACAUCCAGAACGAGGAGGAUCAAUGAUAAGAUGAAGUAAUGAUUCUGCACAAUAUAUGUUUUUUACAUUCUGUAGGAGGAAAGGUAGAAUUCUGUGAAGAAUGACACAGCUACCUUGGCUGUGUCAUGGUAGCUAAGAAAAGCCAAAUCCCUUUGUUAUAAACGCAGCACAUGCAGUGCAUGUAGAAAACGAGCAGGACGUCGUGCGGUUGCAGCUGCGCUCUUGGCUCUUUGGUCCCCGUGGGGGCCCUGGACAUGGGCUCAUGGACGAACGACAUCCCCUGGGUUCGUGGAGCUCAGAAGUGGCCAGAUGUGCCCUUUGGGGGGAAAGGUAAGAUGGCAAUCGAAUGGAUGGUAAUAAAAGCCGGCGGCAACAACAGCAUAUUGUAGGCAACUGACCCAACCUUCUUGGAAUAUGGAAAAAUAUUUGAUGAAAUCAGAUCUGGAUGCAAUUAUAUGCAAAGUUCUGCUGCAAGUUUGCUCGGUGGCAGAACAUUAUUUUAACAACACAAGUUUUGUUGGUAUGUACUUCCUUGCAGUCCCAUGGCCCUGAAGACGGAUUUUGUGAAGGCUUUUGUUGUGCCAUGCUGUGGGAACCCAGCGGCUGCCUGUGGAGGAGAAGCAGGGAAGAGGCAGCCCCCCGGCACUACUCACCCUCAGGGGUCAUUGUGGACAACGUUGUCGCAGCGUCCGACUGGGGUCUGUUCCUUAGGCCAGUUCUCUUUCCUGGCCGUCCUCUCUGAGGACGCUUCGUGGAACACCGAAAUCCCGAAGCAAAGGCAUUUGCACGUGCAGUUGUACCCCAAGGACACUUUGCCGUGCGGAUGCUGAUGGACAGGAAGACCCCCUUGCUUGGUGAGAGCGAGCGUCUCCCCGGCACUCGGCUCCCGGCACCAGCUGCAGAUGCCCCCGUGGUUCAGCAGUGGGGCAGCGGCACAGGAGCCUCCUCAGGUUGGCAGCCUGAGGACCCCCCACCCCCCACCCAGGCAGGAAGUCCAUUUGAACCUCAGGGCCAGCAGCCAUUUCAGCUGUUGCCGUAAGGCCGCCUGUUCAUUAUGGCAUGCUUGCGGUGACACACUGGGCGAAGCCUAAUAGAGUGUGAUGAAUUUGGGCUUUAUGAACCCAGACAUGUAAAUCAUGGUUUGUGGUUAAGGGUAAAGCCAGUGAGGCAAACAGCUGCCUUCCUCGGUCUGAACUCCAGCCCAGCAGGCCUUCAGGUUCUCGGGCGCAAGGAGGUCCGAAGGUCCCCGGCAUUGGCUUCCUGCUCAGGUGUGUCUGAUGUACGGGCAUUUUUUCGGUGGAAUGAUACGAUGCUGAUCAUGUGCUACAAACAGUAUUAGGCCCUGAUAAAAAUGUUGCCUAGAAAAGUACGCGAGAAGCUGCAUCUUUAGCCGGAAAUGAAGCUCCUGUAGGAAGGAUGAAAAACCAAAUGGCUUUCCCACAGAAUUUCUGUGGGCAGAGCUGGAAAGGAAUGGGGUUCCCGUAUAUUCAGCAGAGGAUCUGUUGGCAGUGUCCCUGUUCCUGGGUACGAAAAUGCAGAUUGUAUUGUUUACAGAUUAUUUUAUAAGCAAUGACGUGUUUUUCAUGGUGUUUAAAAAAGAUCAACACAAGUAUUGCUAUUUAUUACUCUGAGCAGAAUGAUGUGUCUGUGCAAAAAUGCCCCUUUUCCUCUGGGCUCUGCUGGUUGUGUUCUCAUGGGGUCCGUUUUCCUCGCGAGGCAAUAAGGAAUCUAGUUUAAGUCUAUGUUUACCAGGUUGGAUGUCCUGCAAGACGAUCACACAGAACAUCACCUGUCUGAGCUUUGCAGGCCUCCGUAGGGUUUCUGUGCGUGCCACUCUUUUUCCUUUGGCAUUUGCAGGAUAAAUUCUAUAACAAUAAAUACGUAAAUCUCAAA